AUGACUUAUAAGGCCACACUGAGCCUGCUUUCCACACAACAGAAGUUUGUUCCCAACUUCAGUUGUGACAAGCAGAACCAAUUGAUAGCUAUAAUUGGAGGAUGUUUCUCUGAAAUCUCUGUCAAUAUGGCAUUCAUUUCAGCCACCUACAAAACUCCACAGCUCAUCGUGUUCAAUAACAGUGUUGGAGAAACAAUACGUUUUGAUGACAAUGGAGAAUUAGUAACAGGCUUUGACGUUACAAAUUGGAUGAUAUUUCUGAAUGCGUCAGUGGUUAGAGUAAAAGUUGGAACACUAGAUCCUCAGGCUCCACGAGGCAAAGAGUUAACCAUUUGUGAUGACCAAAUUGUCUGGCACCAAAGCUUUAAUCAGGUACUACCAGUUUCUGUGUGUAAUGACAACUGCUAUCCUGGCUCCAACAGGAAAAAGAAGGAGGGAGCGAAAUUUUGCUGCUAUGAUUGUGUGCCAUGUCCAGAAGGGAUGAUCUCUGAUAAGAAAGCUUUAGUUCUUGGAAUUUUUAUGAAGCACAAGGAGAGUCCAAUAGUAAAAGCUAACAACCGGAACCUCACCUACAUCCUUCUUGUUUCCCUCCUCCUUUGUUUCCUCUGUUCCCUGCUCUUCAUCGGACAGCCUGGAAAGGCAACCUGCCCUCUCCGACAAACGGCUUUUGGCACCAUCUUCUCUUUGGCCCUCUCUUCUGUAUUGGCAAAGACCAUCACUGUGGUUCUGGCAUUCAUGGCAACCAAACCAGGGGCCAAAAUGAGAAAAUGGGUUGGCAAAAGAACAGCAAAUUCUAUUAUCCUUCUCUCCACUUUUAUUCAAGCUGGUGUUUGUACUCUUUGGUUAAGUACCGCUCCUCCAUUCCCAGAUACAGACCCACAUUCAUUCUAUGGGGAAAUCAUACUAGUUUGUAAUGAGAAUUCAGCUACCAUGUUUUACUGUGUUUUGGGCUAUAUGGGCUCUCUAGCCAUUAUCAGUUUCAUUGUGGCUUUUCUAGCCAGGAAGUUACCUGACAGUUUCAAUGAAGCCAAGUUCAUCACUUUCAGCAUGUUGCUGUUUUGUAGUGUCUGGUUAUCCUUUGUUCCCACCUAUCUGAGCACCAAAGGAAAAUACAUGGUGGCUGUGGAGAUCUUCUCCAUCUUAUGCUCCAGUGCUGGACUACUGGGUUGCAUCUUUUUCCCUAAAUGCUACAUCAUUGUGCUGAGGCCUGACCUAAAUAGUAGAGAACAUAUAAUGCAAAGGAAAAUAUGA